ACACAACACUAGAUUCGGUUUAUUUAAAUAUCAAACUGAAAAAUUCUUUUUCAUACAAACUUCUCUUUCUCUCUCCUCUCUCAUCUGCUUUCUCUCUCUACAAACCCUAAAAAGGCCAUUUUCACCAACACAAUUUCAGAUGGACGAUGAUGGAUUGAAUAUGCGAAAUUGGGGCUAUUAUGAACCACCUUCAUUUAAGGAACACCUUGGUUUGCAACUGAUGUCUCCUAUAAUUGACCCCCGAGACGUCAAACCUUUAUCAUCUUCACGGGAAAACCCGUUCAUAAUGAACCCUAACGGGCUGUCUUACCACUACCCUCGCAAUUCAAUGGUUCCAGAACCACCUGUUCCAAUGCACUAUUCGAGGGACGGUUGGAUACAACGAGAAAGAAUCCUUAGUAUGUUACCCGGAAACCAUAAUUUUUCAGUUAUUCCUGAUAAUUCAGCUUCCCAAUCAAUGCACAUGAUGCAGCCAGUCGAUUGUUCAAAGGAGAUGAUUCUAGAUGAUUACGCAACGGGCGUCGGUGGUGGCGGCGGCGGCGGUGGUGACAGUGGCGGCUCUGACGGUGGUCAGUUGAAAAGAACAGCGGCGGCAUUGACUACACCUAAACAGCCAAGAGCUAAGAAGCCAAAGAAAGCACCAGCACCACCUUUACCAAAACAAAUCGGGAAUACCUCUGGUCAACGGUCAAAGUCAAUGAAGAGAAGUAUGGAUGUGGUGAUUAACGGAAUUGAUAUGGAUAUUUCCGGUAUCCCAAUACCUGUUUGCUCGUGCACCGGGGUCCCACAACAAUGUUACAGAUGGGGCUGUGGCGGGUGGCAGUCGGCUUGUUGCACAACCACCAUAUCAAUGUAUCCACUUCCGAUGAGCACCAAACGUCGUGGGGCUCGGAUUGCUGGUAGGAAGAUGAGUCAAGGUGCGUUUAAGAAGGUUCUGGAGAAACUUGCAUCCGAAGGCUAUAAUUUUGCUAAUGCAAUUGACUUGAGGGCUCACUGGGCAAAACAUGGUACCAACAAGUUUGUCACCAUCAGGUAGAUCGAAAUCCAACCUUGUUUGGUAUUAACUUGUAUAUAUGUCUGUAGCCCUUUGCAGAGGUUUACAUUGUACCUCUGUUAAUCCAUGAUUUUUCAGAGUCAUGAUACCCGUUUUUCUAGAGCGUUUAGACAUUUGCGGGUCUCGUAACGUUAUUUUAUUUUUACUAGAAAUUAUGCAAAAUGCUAUUUUUCCGGCCUCUGUUACUGGUAGAGAGUUAUGAUUCUUGAAUCACUUUUAUUGAUCUCUUUUGUUCAGUUA